GAGGCACCGGACGCCGCCACCGUCGGGGCUUCCUGGACGAGGCCGUUCGUAGGUCGCCCGCGCCCUCUCCAGCCCUCCUUUUUCCCACGCUUCCCCGGUCCUCCGGCCUGAGAACGCCCGAGUGAGGAGUUGGCCGUAGUGAGAGGGACCGAUCCCUUGGGGCCGGCGGCGAGAGCCUGAGCCGCUCCUCCCAAUGGCGAAGAAAACGUACGACCUGCUUUUCAAGCUGCUCCUGAUCGGGGACUCGGGAGUGGGGAAGACCUGCGUCCUUUUUCGUUUUUCGGAUGAUGCCUUCAAUACCACCUUUAUUUCCACCAUAGGAAUAGACUUUAAGAUCAAAACAGUUGAAUUACAAGGAAAGAAGAUCAAGCUACAGAUAUGGGACACAGCAGGCCAGGAGCGAUUUCACACCAUCACGACCUCCUACUACAGAGGCGCAAUGGGUAUCAUGCUAGUAUAUGACAUCACCAAUGGUAAAAGUUUUGAAAACAUCAGCAAAUGGCUUAGAAACAUAGACGAGCAUGCCAAUGAAGAUGUGGAAAGAAUGUUACUAGGAAACAAGUGUGACAUGGAUGAUAAGAGAGUUGUACCUAAAGGAAAAGGAGAACAGAUCGCAAGGGAACAUGGUAUUAGAUUUUUUGAGACUAGUGCAAAAGCAAAUAUAAACAUCGAAAAGGCGUUCCUCACAUUAGCCGAAGAUAUCCUUCGAAAGACCCCCGUAAAAGAGCCCAACAGUGAGAACGUAGACAUCAGCAGUGGAGGCGGCGUGACGGGUUGGAAGAGCAAGUGCUGCUGAGCGCCCGCGCCCCAGCAGUGCGUCCGCCGCCCGUUUCUCUUCUUGCUGCAAAAUAAACCACUCUGUCCAUUUUUAACUCUAAACAGAUAUUUUUGUUCCUCAUCCUAACUAUCCAAUUCAUCUAUUUUAUUUGCUUUCAUCUGUGACUGCUUGCGGACUUUAAUUUUCUUCAAACAAAAAAAUGUAUAGAAAAAUCAUGUCUGUGACUUCAUUUUUAAAUGUACUUGCUCAGCUCACACUGCAUUUCAGUUGUAUUAUAGUCCAGUUCUUAUCAACAUUAAAACCUAUAGCAAUCAUUUCAGUUCUAUUCUGCAAAUUGUAUAAGAAUAAAAGUUAGAAUUAACAAUUUUAUUUUGUACAACAGUGGAAUUUUCUGUCAUGGAUAAUGUGCUUGAGUCCCUAUAAUCUUAUAGACAUGUGAUAGCAAAAGAAACAAACAAAGCCAGGAAAACACUCAUUUUCGCCUUGACUAUGUAAAUGGGGUUAAUUUUGUCCUGUGCCUUAUGUGGAAAGGAACUUCUUUGGUUUUUUCCUUUUUUGUUUUGGUGGAAGCAUGUGCAGGAGACAUAUCAUCCAAACCUAAACCAUUAAAAUGUCUGUGGUGUGCUUGGCUGUAAUUCGCAAAGUAGUUCAUUGAGGACAAAGGGUAAUGCAGAAAUGAUAGCUUUGGUUUGCCGAGUCGCAUUUUAAGUGGCCUUGCUAUUUCAGAUAUUCCUGCCACUGUUUCUUCUCCGUGGCCACUUGCCCCGUGUCUCACCUUCCUGCAUGCUGCUUUAUCUGCUCCUCCCCCCGGGCCCACCUCAUGGGUAUGAGUUCUUUAAAAGUGAAAGGGGCAAGCUCCUGGGUUUGUCCAGUUCAACAUGCAGCACUGACUUACCUGCUAAGUAAACAGAGCAAUUCUAACUGCCUACUAUCGAAUGUCAGUUCAUUGGUGUCUCCCCCUCAUUGGCUCUGUCCCCAAAACGCUGUCCCAGGUCUCUUCGUUCGCUGCUUUACUUCUGUAUCCCUCUCCUUUUCCUCCGUCCCCUUCCUGUCUAUCCACCAAGUUUAUGAAACGGAAGAGUUCAUUGCAUGCUCUAGUGUUUGGAGGGUGUUGUGGUUUGUCUUUCUAAUUAGGUGUAUAGCCUCUUCACUUUCUAGAAUAAAUCUCUUAACCUGAAUUUGAGUAGUCUCCAUUUUGACAACUCCUAGCAGUUUGGUAGCCCAGUAAAGGAUGUUUUUUUUAAAAAAAAAAAAAAAGUGUGGAAGGAAGGAGGAGUGACUUCAUAUGAACCUGUUUGCCAAACGUAUUGCGAUUUGGCCUCUGAAGAACACUUUUUCAGUGUUAAGUUGUCUUUACCUUAAGAUGUAGAAAUACCUUAGACUGUUAUUGAGUCCUGUCUUCACAUCCUUUUGGGAAACUUGCAUUACCAUGGAUUUGGAAGAAGGACAACAGAAGGUUUUUCAUGUAAAGGUUUCUCGCUAUCUCUAACCCUGUCUCGUCUUCACUUGGGUUUUCCGGUUUGCCUCAUCGCUUAUCAUUAGGCUAGGGUAGGUUACGUUUGGGUAAGCUACGUUUGCUGUGCUGCUGGCAUCCUAAGAUGAUACCUUUGUUGAAAGAAUUGUGAAUAGCAUGAUUCAUUUCUAGCAGAGGCUGAGUUCAGGACAGCAGCUCCCAUUGAGAAGUCUUUCCGCUUCGUGAGUUGCAUUUUAAUGACCUCUUGGCUCACAAGCAAACAGUGUAGGGAUGUGUGUCUGCUAUGAAAAUCCACACGUUUUUCAGAUAGUGCUCUAAACACAAUUUUAUAUGCCUCACUGGUGGCAGUGCUUAGGGUGUUCCCUCACUUGACUUUAUCAUUGUUUACUACUAGUGAAAAGCAGCAUUGCCAAAUCCCUAAUUUUCCACUUAAAAAAAUAAUGACGAAGAAAUGACGUUAAGCUUUUCAAAAAGUUUUAGGCUAAGCCUGCCAUUGUUAGGUUAACCUUCAUGUAUCUGUUGCUUCCCUUUAUCUGAAAUGUGGCCGUAGUUUUUUUUUUUUUUUCCUUUUUUAACCCUCUUUAAUCCUUAUUCAGUUCAUUGACUUAAGGUUUGAGAGCUAAACACUGGGAUUUUGGGUAACAGACUGACAGUUUUGUUUGCAUAUUCUAAUCGGCAUUGUACAUAGAAGGGAUAUGGCUACCUUUUGUUAAAUCUGCACUUUCUAAAUAUCAAAAAAAAAGGGAAAUGGAGUAUAAAUCAAUUUUUGUAUAAUCUGUCUGAAACAUGAGUUUUAUUUGCUUCAUAUUAGGGCUCUGCCCCUUUUCUGUAAGUCUCUUGGGGUCCUAUCCUGUGUAGAAGCUGUUCUCAUUAAACACCCAACAGUUAAGUCCAUCCUCUGGUACUAGCUACAAAUUCGGUUUCAUAUUCUACUUAACAAUUUAAAUAAACUGAAAUAUUUCUA